AUCACUGCAUUGAUCCUUAUCCAUUUGAUCGAAUAGUCCGUAACGGAUCCAACAGUAUUUAUGACCUCUUUCUCGGUCCACACGGCCAGCUCAUGGUGCUUGGCACGAUUGACUCCGCGCUCAACCCACCACCUCAGGACCCUCGGGUAGCAAUAUUCGAACGCCCUGGCUUCACUCUCCGGAUUGACCGCUCAUCUGGGCGACCGCAGGGCUAAUGCUGAGCCAUGGCCCCGGCCCGGUCGCAGUUAUUGCGUCAGAAUGGAUUCUCAUCAGCAUCACCGCUGUCGUCAUCAGUCUUCGGCUCAACCUACGGCUUAGAAUCCAACGGGAGAAACUAUUGAUGAACGAUAUUCUCAUGUGCGCUGCGUGGUUAGCUGCCUGUGUGACUUCCGGAUUUGACAUCAAGUUUGCACGACUUGGCGCGCUUGACCCAAUUGUCACUACGACCUUGGCAGGCUUCAAAGGCACUACUGAACAAAAACAGUUAAUACUGAAGCUGUACUGGAUCGGAAGCUUUACUUUCUUUACAGCUGCUUACCUGUGCAAGGGAACACUUCUAGCUCUGUACCUUCAAGUGUUUCCUCACUUCAUGGUGAAACAGAGAUUAUUCAUCUGGAUGACAGUCAUCGUGGCUGUUCUCUCAUUCCUAAGUAGUGUUCUUACAAUGAUCUUUGUUUGUCGCCCGAUCAAGUCGUAUUGGUCUGUCGACCCUGCAACUGUAUGCCCUUAUUCAGCGUAUGCGUUGGCUUUUGAGUUGACUUGGGCUUUGCAUUUUGCUGGAGAUGUGUUAAUCUUUGCUAUCCCAUGGUUAAUUAUCCCUGGGCUACAGCUAAAAGGAACGCUUAGAAUUUGUCUAUAUUUCAUCUUUUUCCUUGGUAUUAUUAACAUCGCAUUCUGCGUUCUCCGAUUUACUGCAAUUGAAACUGCAAAUGGCGACGCCAAUGCCUCUCCUCUCAGUUUAUUUGAGCUGUGGUGCAGUCUUGACAGCAAUAUCUCACUCUUGGUAGCCUCCCUGCCGUCUCUCGGGUCUUACUUUCGGACAAAGCGCGGUGCUGAGCAUGACCCUUAUUCGAAUAUAUAUACCAACUCGACAAGCACGAGACCGGUUGAGGCAGGAUUUGAAGUCGUUACCGCCCCAUACCCAGUAUCAUACGGGGAUCGACAUUAUGGAUCUCACAGCUUGUCCAACUUGAAUACGGUCGAUCAAAAUUCACGGGAAUGUGGAAAGAAAAGAAAUGCCAGUGAUAUUGAGUUGGUUCAGGCGAGGUUACCAAGGAGUUAAGGUUGCGAGUCACUAGGGUUGCAAGGUUAGGAAGGGGAGUGGAUAAAGGCAGAGAAAUUAGAUACUAUAUCUACUUCAUUUAUCUCAAGCCAAC